UGGGGCUAUGCCAAAUUCAUUAGACAUCAUCUUGAAAUACAUCCACCCUCUCUCGACGGAUCCCAUAUGGCUGGAAGCAGAGAGAAGAUUCACGAAUGUAACGUAGUCGGGUCUUGCAUCCUCCAACCGCAUCUCCUCGAAGAGCUGUAGAGCCUCAAUGCCCCUCCCAUUUUGUGAAAGCCCUGAUAUCAUUGCGUUCCAAGUUAUUGCAUCCCUCGUUGGCAUCCUCCUGAACAGCAGAUUGCCGUCUUCCAAAUUCCCACAUUUUGCAUAGAAGGUUGAAAGAGCACUUCCAAUUGGUACCUCAAGACCGAACCCAUACUUGAUGGUACGGGCAUGGAUUUGCUUUCCUUGUUUAAGAGCACUUUAAGACUCGAACAUGCUUUUUGAGGAUGUUCAUUGGGCAUCAUUCCCUCCCUCAGCAUUCUGCGAUACAAACUCAAAGCAGCUUCAUUCUCCCCAUUUUGCGCAUACCCUCCAAUCAUUGAAGUCCAAAGAACAAUAUCAGGUUCUUUCAAAUAAUCAAACCCCUUACGAGCAUCCAACGCUACCACAUUUGGCAUACAUGUCAACCAAAGCUGUCAUUAUAUACAUUUGGAAUUCGAAACCCAUAUUUAAUGAAUGGCUAUGAACUUGUCUUCCUUCUUCGAAGGACCGGUACUGAGAUGGAAGCUGCGAAGUGAGACUCAACAACCGACGACGGCGGCAGAGCAGCGGUUCUGUUUUUACUACAAGUCUUUUCUACAGCCAAUUUUUUUCACUUUUCCCUUUUUGUCCCUCAAUAUCGCGGGAACUAUGUUGCCAUCAACGAGGGCAUUAUAGUCUGCAAAUUUGCAGUCGGUGUAUGAGCGAGCGUUGGGGCUUUUGAGAGGCUCGGAAAGUUCUGCGAUUCCCGCCGGUGUUGAACGGAGGACUCUUUCCCGGUUCGACUUAGAUCGAAGUAAGAAUGUUCAAGAACACGUUUCAAUCCAGUUUUCUGUCCAUUCUAUACAGCCUCGGGAGCAAGCCUUUGCAGAUUUGGGAUAAAGAAGUUGUUGACGGGCAUAUAAAAUGACCACAGGAUGAAGACAUACAAUCCAAUGUUCUUGAAAUAGUUGGGUCGAACAUCCAGUCCACAUACAUUACUUGCCCAGCAGACCCAUCAGCUACACUGAGUAUAAAACUUUCAUUCCUGGUUAUGAUUAUAAAGAAUCUGAACAAAUAUUUCACAUUUGAGAUUCAAAUUCUGGAUGACAAGAAUGUCAGGCGAUGUUUUCGAGCUUCCAACUUUCAAGCUGUAACUCGAGUGAAGCCAUAUAUCUGCACCAUGCCCUUGAGUAUGGAUGAUGGCUGGAAUCAAAUCCAGUUUAAUCUAGCUGAUUUUACAAGGAGAGCCUAUGGAACAAACUAUGUGGAGACAUUGCGAGUUCAGGUUCAUGCAAAUUGCCGCCUGAGGAGGAUAUAUUUCUCUGACGGCUUGUACUCUGAAGAGGAACUUCCUCCUGAGUUUAAGUUGUACCUCCCAAUGCAGAAAGCAUGAUAUGAUUCAACAAAGGAGGGAUCAAACGUAUUGGAGCUGGAUUUUGAGACUUUUUCACCUUCUGCACACUCCCUCUUAAAUUUGGGCUUUGAGGCGAUUAAGCAAGAACAAUAUAACAGAAGGGAGAACCAUUCAAUUUUUCAGAAAUAAAUAGUGAUGAUGAAAAGAAAAUAUGUGAAUAACAGUUCAUCUGCAAUAUUCAUCUAAAGAUGUAUUACUACAUUACAAUUGUCAACUGUUUGUGUUCUUGAGAAGAACAAAUGCUUUCAUUUUCGGA